AGGCUGGCGUCACCUUUCACUUGGUUACCGUCUGGCGGAGGGCUUCCCUCGCCGGGGACGCUGCUGCCGACGGCCGCUGCCUUCGGGCAUGUCAGGGGCCGCACCUGCGGGCGACGGACGUGCAGGUAGGUCCUUUCUCAGGUGACAUCUAGGAGUCGACUGUUUAGAGUUUAAUGAAGUCGGUGACUCUGUGACAAUGUGGAGAAAUCAUGUCAGAAAACGCGGCUUGUUCGGGGGCUGUCCAUGCUGUCAAGGAAAUUUGGGAAAAAAGAAUAAAGGUGCUCAAUGAAGACCUGAAGCGAGAGAAGGAGUUACAACAGAGGCUCGUGCGGAUCUGGGAGGAACGAGUGACCUUGACCCGGCUGAAGGAGAGGGUCACCAGGGAGAAUGGGAGACUUAUUCUGAAGAUAGAGAAAGAGGAAUGGAAGGCCCUUCCCGCUUCUCUGCUGAAACUGAGCCAGCUCCAGGAGUGGCAGCUGCACAGAACAGGUUUGCUGAAAAUCCCUGAAUUCAUCGGACGAUUCCAGAACCUCAUUGUGCUGGAUUUAUCUCGCAACACGAUUUCGGAGAUACCCCGCGGAAUAGGACUGCUCACUAGACUUCAGGAGCUGAUUCUCAGUUACAACAAAAUCAAGACUGUCCCCAAGGAACUAAGUAACUGCGCCAGUUUGGAGAAACUAGAACUUGCUGUCAACAGAGACAUAAGCGAUCUUCCACCCGAGCUCGGCAGCCUGCCCAGGCUCGCCCACCUCGACCUGAGCAUGAACAGCUUCUCGGCCUUCCCGCCCGCUCUGCUGAGCCUGCCGGCCCUGGAGUGGCUGGACCUGGGCGGCAACCAGCUCCGACAGCUUCCCGAGGCGAUCGACAGAAUGCAAAAUCUCCACACAUUGUGGCUGCAACGGAAUGAAAUAACAUGCUUGCCGGAGACCAUCAGCAACAUGAAAAACCUGGGCACUCUGGUUCUCUGCAACAAUAAGUUGCAGGAUAUUCCGGCGUUCAUGGAGGAGAUGACCGGCCUGAGGUUUGUCAACUUCAGAGACAACCCUCUGAGGCUGGAGCUCACACUCCCUCCCAAAGAGGGUGCAGAGGAAGAGGAGGAGCAGGAACUGUUCGGCCUUCAGUUCAUGCACACCUACAUCCAGGAGUCGCGGAGAGGAACAGAUAACCCAGCCGACUGCUUGACAACUUCCCCGGACGCUGGAAGUCCUGAUGGAUAGCACACAUCAAGGUGCCCUGCCGAAGAUUACGCUGGGAGUGCGAUGAACUCUCUAAAGUCUGGACUUCUUAAGUAAAAAACAAAGCUAUUACCAAA